UCUUCUCUAGAGAAAGACGGGGAGAUAGAGAGGGUUUUGAUGGCAGCAUUCAGGUGGAUUCUUCAACUACACAAAGAUGUACCCAGAGCUGCAAAAUUCUACUCUGAAGGUUUAGAUUUCAGCAUUAAUGUCUGUACUCUUAGAUGGGCUGAACUUCAAUCUGGUCCUCUUAAACUUGCUCUUAUGCAACAUCAACCCAACACCAACAGUGACCCUGUUGUGCAAAAGGAGUACUCUUCAGUUUUAUCCUUCACGGUGACUGACAUUAACAGUUCAGUGACAAAGCUAUUGGCAUUAGGAGCUGAACUUGAUGGACCUAUCAAACAUGAAAUCCAUGGAAAGGUAGCAGCCAUGAAAUGCAUUGAUGGACACAUGUUGGGACUUUACGAGCCGUUGUGAGAGGCCACCUAGAGACAAAAAGUGGUUGCAGCAGUCAAGAUCAAAAAUGCAGCUUGAAGUUCGCUAAAGUCCACGGCAUUGCAUGUGGUAUCUUGGUAUGUGAGCAUAUUAUGUUUUCACUCUAACAAGCCAUGUUAGUCUAUGGUUUUAGCUUUAAACUCAAUAUAAUGCAUAUAAAAACUUGAGUGUGAGACAUUGGAGGAUAAUAUGUAACUGCAUUAACUGUCUUGUCAAUCUUAAAGGCUCUUAAAUCUGAGUGAAUGGCAAACAAAGAAGAAAAACUUUAGCUAAUGUAGCAACGUGUUCAUUCAAUUGAACCAAAGGCCAAAACACUUGUCCAAUUA